AUGGCGGACGCACACAUCAAGGAGCCACAAGAUCGAGCGCCACAUAAUGCGAACCUCACUGGGUCUCACAAUAACAUCGGAGACCAACUAGAAGCGAUCUUUAACCACUUUUGGGCUGCACUGGAAGAAAGGAGGAGGCUGCAUGUGGUGGACACUGUACCCAUGCCUGAAAUACCGCAACAUCGUGAG